CAGUGUCGGUGAACGGAGCCGCGGCGAGCGCAAUUUUUUUUUCGCUCGCCUUUUCGCUGUUGUUGUUGUUUUUGUCGUGUUGUGUGUUUGCCUUGAUCGGUGAUUGAAAUACAUGCAAACAAGCUCGUAGUUUUUGUUAUGUGAUAUGAGAUGAAAUGAGAUAAUCCUUAGUUUAUUGAAUGGGCUGAUCAUUUCAAAUAAUCGUAACAACUUUUAUAAUUUAAAAAUCUUAUUCAAAAUAAUCAUCAUUAGAUGAUAUAAUAGAUAUUCAAAACAAUGUCAUAUAAAUCACAAAAUUCCUCUCAGGGAAAAUCAAAUAGAUCAACGGCCUGCAGCAGCAGUAGUCAUCGAUCACAACAACAGCAAUUAAUAUAUUUGAAACGUCAAUCAUCACUUUUCAACCAAUUUCUUCAUCAUCAACAACGACCUAAUUCACAUCAAACAAAUGCCGAUAAUUUUUGUCUAUAUCCGCAUAGAUUUUGUCUACAAAAUCGUCUUGAAAAUUAUAACUAUUGCAUACGUCAUAUUCUAUUUGAUAAGAAUGCUCCGUUCAAACAAUGUUCAUAUAUUCACCCACAAACAAAUAAACGCUGUCCGAAAGCUGCCCGUCGUUAUGAUCGUCGUGAUCGUGAUACCGCUUUUUGUCCAUGGCAUAUUCAACAAUUCAAUCUAUUACGGCGCAAGAAUGCCUGCAUGGAAAAUUAUCAGAAUUCAAUGGCUGAUGGAAAGAAAACAAGUUUAAAAAGAAAAUUCGAAGAAUUGGAACAUUAUUGUCCUAGCGAUGAACAUGAUCAUCGACGUAAGAAUGGUGAUUGGGAACUUCCAGAUUAUAAAAGUGUUGUACCAAGUAAAACUUUAAAAACUCGAAUAACCGAUUCCAUAAAUGCUAUACAUUAUCAAAGUCAAAAUAAUGAUGAUUUUUCACAUUUAAUGUUGGCUGAUGUUCUCAAUCUAGAUUCAUUGGAUUCAGAUAAUGAAUCUGUUGAAAGCUACAUGGACGAUCCGUUACGUCAUGCUGGUGUUUAUUCUGCCGAAGAAAUAUCUCAUAUUCUUCGUGAUAAAAUGCUUAGACUUCAGACAUUGUACAUUAAUCUGCUCAAUUAUUAUCGUCAGAUGUUGAAGCAAAAAAUGAGACAAUAUUAUUUAGCCAAGUUAUCGGCGGCCACUAAUAAACUUUGUGAAAAUCAAAGUUCGAAUGGAAAAACCUUGGAAUCUUCAUCGACGAUAGCAACGAUAAAUGAUUCAAACACCAUAAUCGAUGCACUUAAUGAAGAUCAAGAUUAUAAAAUAAUGAAAGCCAUGUUUAAAUAUCAUAAUUUUUCAGGAUCCGAAAAAUUGAUUCAGAAAAAGGCAAGUGAAAUUCGUCAAAAUUUGAUAGAAGAUAAACCAGUGACGGAAAAAUCGUCGACAUCAUCGACUUGUAUUUACAAAAAAGAUGCCCAACAAUGCCAAAAGCAAUGUGUUCCACUUUCUAAUUAUUGUCGUACACACAUCUUGUAUGAUCCAUAUCAAAUUUUGUAUCGUCCGUGUGCUAAUGGAACACCUCCUUGUUUAAUGCCUGUCGUUUCCUAUGUUCAUCGUAAUUCUUGUUUACGACAUACUCAAAUCAAAUUUGAAAAGAAUGAAAUCACUAAAAUUAUGAAAAGCCCAGAAAAAUUGGAACCAAAAUAUCCUGAUCAACCAAUAAAUGAUGAUGAUGAUUUGGAAAAUGAAACUGAACUCUUUCAUUCUAUUGAGGACAUUUCAAUGGCAAUGGAUCCUGUUGAAUCGGAAAAUUUAUUCAGUUUAGAACAUGAGUUUGAUAUUGAUUCAAAUAUGUUAUCUUAACUAAUUGUCAAUUUUUAAUGUAAUAAAUCAAACG